AAAGUUGUGGAGUUUAGCGAAAGUGGUUGGCCACUCUACCUCAUAAUACCUUUUGUUCAUACUGUUUUUAUUACAUCAAAUACUCCCCUAAAUUGCUAUGAUAUUCUUUCUUUUUAUCAUUGUUAUCUGUUUGAUAUCAAUUCUUGGACUAGCCUUUCUUGUUGUAUUUGCUCUUCAUUUACUGCCCGUAAAUGUGCCCCACCUACUGCUCCAAGACAAACACCCACACACGGACUCGAGCACAGAUUCUUGCUUUUUCAUGGUGUAUGGAUCAUAGAUUACAUCGAAGAGUUAAGGAUAGGAGAGGGUUCCAUUUGCAUUGAGCUUUUUGGGCUUCUGGGAAUCGCUCAGCUUGGGUCAACGGAGAGUUUUUCUGCUGAUUUAUAGUAUUAUUGGUUCUUGAUCUUAGGUUGUUUGGUUUCUAGGAAUUGGGGUUUUUGCACAAAUUCAUGGCUGAGAUUGGGAAGGUUUUGGUUUUGUCUGGUUUGCUUGUUUUAGCUUGUGCUGUUGUUGCAGCUCAGGAGGGUUUGGAGCAGGACAUUUCAAGAAGAGAUGGGGUUAGUGAAAAUUUGGAAUCAGGGUACUUUACUACGAGAAUCAUCAGUUUCUUGCAGCAGAGUAGGGACAGAGUUUUUCGACAUGUCUGGCCUGAUAUGGAGUUCGGGUGGAGAAUUGGUCUUGGUACAGUAAUUGGAUUCUUUGGAGCUGCUCUUGGUAGCGUAGGAGGUGUUGGUGGAGGCGGCAUUUUUGUCCCGAUGCUCACUUUAAUUAUCGGGUUCGACCCGAAAACAUCAACUGCAGUGUCCAAAUGUAUGAUAACUGGUGCAGCAGUUGCUACUGUUUAUUAUAACCUCAAGCUCCGGCACCCUUCACUUGACCUUCCGAUCAUUGAUUAUGAUCUAGCCCUUCUUUUCCAACCAAUGCUAGUGCUUGGGAUCAGCAUUGGAGUUAUUUUCAAUGUGAUUUUUGCAGAGUGGAUGGUUACUGUCUUGCUGAUCAUUCUUUUCAUAGGUACAUCGAUGAAAGCGUUCUUCAAGGGUGUUGAAACAUGGAAGAAAGAAACCAUAAUUAUGAAGGAGGCUGCUAGACGAUCGUUAUCUGAUUCAUCGGAUAAUGGAAGCGAAGAAUUCCCUUACAAACUUCUGCCCGAUGGCCCAAUUAGUGAAACAAGAAUGCGUCUCAAUGAAAAUAAAGCACCUGAGGUCUCAUUCAUUGACAAUGUCUACUGGAAGAAGCUCAGCAUCCUAGUUGUUGUCUGGCUCAUCAUCCUCUUACUACACGUCGGCAAGGACUAUACAGCCACUUGUUCUGCAGCAUAUUGGACUGUAACCUUAUUGCAGAUACCCGUUGCCGUUGGAGCCUCCGGGUACCAGGCAGUCUGCCUGUACAAGGGUUGGAGGGUGGUAGAAUCCAAAGGAGGAGCAGGGAUUAACUGGAGAGUGCAUCAGUUGAUUCUUUGCUGUUGCUGCGGAAUUUUGGCUGGUAUAGUAGGCGGGCUGCUAGGCCUCGGAGGAGGAUUCAUUAUAGGUCCAUUGUUACUAGAGCUGGGAAUUCCACCCCAGGUCUCAAGUGCUACAGCAACAUUAAUCAUGACAUUUUCCUCGUCCAUGUCUGUAAUACAAUAUUACCUUUUGAGGCGUUUCCCCCCAUCUUAUGCCCUUUAUUUCGUUCUAGUAGCUACUGUUGCUGCCUUAGUAGGGCAGCAUGUGGUGCGAAAGAUGGUUAGCAUACUGAGGAGGGCGUCAUUUAUCAUCUUUAUAUUGGCUUUCACGAUAUUCGUGAGCGCGAUCUCACUAGGUUGGGUUGGCAUAUCAAACAUCAUCGGAGAAGAAAACAUAUGGUUUUAUAACAUAUGUGAAUAUGAAGCCUAGCUUAGGAGCAUUUUGUGUAUAGACUUCUGUUUUCGGGGAAACCAUAUCCUAUCCGAUGUUGUAAGACUAUUAAGUUUUGUGAAAGCUCUUGAUGUGAAAUUGGUCUUGAUGGUUCAUCCUCA